CGUAUAUUAUUAUGAUUACGUGCCCAUCUCUCCAUUGUCCAUUCAGUUGCUCCACUCUCACUCAAUGUGACUCGUUACAUUUCUCCCAUGUCUCCAUUUCUAAAUCUCCAAUCUCUGAUAUUUCCUGUCUCUCUCUCUCUCUCACUGUUUUUGUCUCCUUUCCCCUUCAAAAAACUAAAACAAGAACCGCAUAUUCUGAUCCCUCUCUCUUGGACUCUUUAACAAAUAUCUUACUCUCACUCCACUUGUUCUUUAGCUUAUUAUUUACAUUCCUUCUCACUCAAAUUUCUCCCCCACUUCCCUUCUCCCAUUCCAAAUCUUUUUAUCAUUUUCAAAAGCUUAUUAAUAUCUUCAAAAAGGGUACUGCACUGGUCACUAUUAGCUAAAAGAACCCAUUACUUUUUUCUCUCAAAUACAACAAUCUUUUUCCAUUUUUCUGUUAUCAUUUUAUUGUUCUUGAAUUGAGUUCUAAUUCAUUAGUAAAAGAAACGACCAAACUUCUGUUUUUCUUUUUUUUUUUCUGUUUACUUGUUUUGAAAGAAUGGCAACAACUAGCAUAGAAACUAAUGGUACUAGUUGCAUUACUGUAUCUGCAAUUCAUUCUUCUAAGAUUCCACCAACUGCAAACCCAUUAGCUAGUGACCCAUCAGAGAUUGCAUCUAAUAUCAAUUACCACGCACAAUAUUCUCCUCAUUUCUCUCCUUUCAAAUUCGAGCCAGAGCAAGCUUACUAUGCCACUGCUGAGAGUGUCCGCGAUCGCCUUAUACAACAAUGGAAUGAUACCUAUCUUCAUUAUCAUAAAGUUGAUCCAAAGCAGACAUACUACUUAUCCAUGGAGUAUCUUCAAGGACGAGCUUUGACCAAUGCUAUUGGGAACCUGGACAUUCGAGGUGCAUAUGCUAAUGCUUUAAAUAAGUUGGGGCAUGAACUUGAGGAAAUAGUUGAGCAGGAGAAGGAUGCAGCACUUGGAAAUGGUGGCCUAGGAAGACUUGCUUCAUGCUUUCUGGACUCUAUGGCAACUCUAAAUUUGCCUGCAUGGGGAUAUGGUCUGAGGUACAGAUAUGGGCUGUUUAAACAGCGGAUUACCAAGGAGGGCCAAGAAGAACUUGCUGAGGAUUGGCUUGAGAAGUUCAGUCCUUGGGAAGUUGUCAGGCAUGAUAUUGUAUUCCCUGUCAGAUUCUUUGGUCAAGUUCAGGUUAAUCCUGAUGGAUUCCGAAAGUGGGUUGGUGGAGAAAUUGUGCAAGCUUUAGCUUAUGAUGUCCCAAUUCCAGGAUACAAAACGAAGAACACUAUUAGUCUUCGUCUCUGGGAAGCAAAAGCAUGUGCUGAGGACUUCAAUCUGUUUCAAUUCAAUGAUGGGAAGUAUGAAUCUGCUGCACAGCUUCAUUCUAGAGCUCAGCAGAUAUGUGCUGUUCUUUAUCCUGGGGAUGCAACAGAAGAUGGAAAGCUUUUGCGGCUGAAACAACAGUUUUUUCUUUGUAGUGCAUCACUUCAGGAUAUAAUUCUCAGAUUUAAGGAGAGGAGAACUGGGAAGGGCCCAUGGGAAUGGUCUGAUUUUCCAAGCAAGAUUGCAGUACAACUAAAUGAUACUCAUCCUACUCUCGCGAUUCCAGAGCUAAUGCGAUUACUAAUGGAUGACGAAGGACUUGGAUGGGAUGAAGCUUGGAAUGUAACAACAAGGACAAUUGCUUAUACUAAUCACACAGUCCUUCCUGAAGCACUGGAGAAGUGGUCACAAGCUGUGAUGUGGAAACUUCUGCCACGCCAUAUGGAGAUUAUAGAAGAAGCAGACAAGAGGUUCAUUGCAAUGAUACGCAGCAGUAGAAUUGAUCUUGAGAGCAAGCUUCCCAGCAUGUGCAUCUUGGAUAAUAAUCCCCAAAAGCCAGUUGUUCGGAUGGCAAACUUAUGUGUGGUAUCUUCACAUACGGUGAAUGGUGUUGCCCAGUUGCAUAGUGAUAUUCUAAAGUCUGAACUAUUUUCAGACUACGUGUCUCUAUGGCCCAAAAAGUUCCAAAAUAAGACAAAUGGCAUUACGCCUCGCCGUUGGCUCCGGUUUUGCAGUCCUGAGCUCAGUAAUAUUAUCACAAAAUGUUUAAAAACUGACCAUUGGGUUACCAACCUUGACCUACUUGUAGGUCUUCGAGAGGUUGCUGAAAAUUCAGACUUCCAAGCUCAAUGGGAUGCUGCCAAGAUGGCUAAUAAGCAGCGUUUGGCACAGUAUAUACUGAAAGUGACAGGUGUAAGCAUUGAUCCAAAUAGUCUGUUUGACAUACAAGUCAAGCGAAUCCAUGAAUACAAAAGACAGCUUCUGAAUAUUCUGGGUGCGGUCUAUAGGUACAAGAAACUAAAGGAGAUGAGUGCUGAAGAGCGGAAGAAUACAACUCCGCGCACUAUUAUGAUUGGAGGAAAAGCAUUUGCGACAUACACAAAUGCUAAAAGAAUAGUGAAGCUGGUAAAUGAUGUUGGCGCUGUUGUCAACAGUGACCCUGAAGUUAACAGCUAUUUGAAGGUAGUAUUUGUUCCAAAUUACAAUGUAUCUGUAGCAGAGAUGCUAAUUCCGGGAAGUGAGCUAUCACAGCAUAUCAGUACUGCAGGCAUGGAAGCAAGUGGCACGAGCAACAUGAAAUUUGCACUCAAUGGUUGCCUUAUAGUAGGAACACUAGAUGGGGCUAAUGUGGAAAUCAGGGAGGAAAUAGGGGAAGAAAAUUUCUUUCUCUUUGGUGCAACUGCCGAUGAAGUCCCUAGACUACGCAAGGAAAGAGAGAAUGGAUUGUUCAAACCUGAUCCUCGAUUUGAAGAGGCCAAGCAAUUUAUAAGAAGUGGAGCAUUUGGAAGCUAUGAUUACAACCCGCUUCUAGAGUCUCUUGAGGGUAAUUCUGGUUAUGGUCGUGGUGAUUAUUUUCUUGUAGGACAGGACUUCCCAAGCUACUUGGAUGCUCAGGAUAGAGUAGAUGAAGCUUACAAGGAUCGCAAGAGGUGGCUAAAAAUGUCCAUAUUAAGCACCGCUGGCAGCGGCAAAUUCAGCAGUGACCGCACAAUUGCUCAAUAUGCCAAUGAGAUCUGGAAUAUAAAGGAGUGCCGAGUACCAUAAGUGACAACACAAGUCACUUCUCACUUCUCAGUUUAUGUAUAUGACUAUAAUCACGUAUGGUUGCAGUAGGAAGAAUCUAAAAAUCCAAAAAUGAUUUAGGAGAAGGUAUCAUACUUCUAUUGCAAUACAUGUAAAACAUGAAUAAACCAGAUGCUAUGCAUCUCAUCAUGCACGCAUGUUUUUAUGAUACUUUAUCCCCAUGAAUAGCAUCUGUGAACAUUUUCUGCUA